UUGUUUUGGCUGGCUCUCUGCUUCCAUUUGAGUUUAUUGCUGACUGUGAGUCCGAAAGUAUACCGAAUUGAGUUUAUGCUGACUGUGAGUCCGAAAGUAUCACCGCUUGAGUUUAUUGCUGACUCCUUCAAAAGUGGAUCUAUUGUGUCCCGCUGCCGCGUAGAAAGAGAGGAGUUCAGAAUAGACACCUGCACCAACGUUGCUCGAUAUUCUAUGAUUGUUGACAUUGAUUGUCUCAAGGGCCAGUUAGCGCAUUUGCUCUGGUGGAGUGUUUGCUUUCCUGAAGAAGUCGAGCAGCUGGGUGCAACAUACUACAUCAGUGUCUGCUAA